AUGAAACUGCUCCUCUCUCUUGCUCUUGCUUCCGUAACUGUGAACCCUGUUCGGGCACAGUGCACGACGGAAUUUUGCCCUAGUGGGAUCACAUUGGAAGGCGGAGAAGUGGAUCUUGAUGGUACCGUACUCACUUGUUCAGAGUUCAGCGCUACUUGGAGCACCAUUCUGAACGCUGGUGUUUCUGCUGAGGAAUGCGUUGGUCUGACCAUUUUGGCAGGGGUAAACUGCUGUCCAACACGACAAGAUCCAGCAAGUUGUUUCCUCUGUGGUUCCGCUGAAGCCACCUUCGAUGCAGACAAGAUUUUGCCUGGAGGGGAAACUCGGUCCUGUGGUAUCGUCGAUGCAUUAUUAUCUUACUCCCCCACUGAGUCAAGUUGUUCUUCAGGGAAGUCUGAGUUCGACCAAUCUUUCAACCUUGUCUCGUAUUGCGAAUGUUCAGAUGUUCCUGCACCGGAACUUUGCAAGCCAUGCGAUGAUAAUCAGGAUAUCAACACGACAGCACUUAUUCCCGGUGAAGAUGGCCUGACAUGUGUAGAGGGUUUCGAAUAUGCCAGGCACGUUACGAACCAGGCAGCUUGCGACGAAAUUGAAACUUCUGAAAACAAGGCUGCGUGCUGCAUCGACAUGGUCUCCAGUGGAAUCAGCUUGUCAACUAAAAGUCUUGCUGCCUGCUUGCUUCUUAGUGUGAUGUUUGCCAUUUGA